CCUCAACACAACCCUGAUCCCAAAUAGAAACACAACAACAAAUUCUUAUUCUCUGAUACAUUCAACAAAAUUCGAUCCAAGACGCCAUUGCAAGUGCAAUUGCCUUAUCACUCAGGAUUAGCACCAAUCUUAUUGCCCCGGAUUCAACUUUCCCGGGAAUCUACCAUCGUGUGUAUCUUCAAAGACUACCUCUAGACCGGCAGGUUCAGUACAAUAUCUGCUGGAAACCUGACAUGAGUGUCAACCCCCCCAGCAGAGGAACCACGUCGGUUUCGACAACAAUGGCACUCCCCCAAGAGGUUUGGUGGAUUGUCUCUCAGCAAUUCAAAGACCGACGUGAUUUUGGGAGCUUGUACAAGUGCGCCCUUGUCAACCGCUCAUUCGCCAAUAUCACGUUGCCUCUCCUCUACAGUAUCCAUGACUUAUCCCCUGCAAGCACGGGCGAUACCGCCGUGGUUGAGACGGAGAAAUGGGCCUGUCUCUGGCGGUCAAUCGUCAUGUCUAGUGUUGGAAAGACGGUCUACCCCUACUGCCUCUGGAUAAAGGCUCUGAACCUCGGCAAUUUCUACUCUCUGCUGGAGGAUCUGGCCAGAGACAGGGUCCGGGUCGGGAGAAUUGUGCUCAACUACAAGCAAAUUAGGGACUGGUUCUUCAGCUACCCCUUGGGUGCCUUCUUACAUGCAAACAAAUCCAAGAAGCCCGUCUUGGAUAUCGAGAAAAUCGUCCUCGAUGUUGGCAAUAAGGUGACCUCUUUCAUCAAGCAGGCUGCCGAAGACGAGGACAAGACUGUCAUGCUCUCCAGCCUUGAGGGAUACCACCUUCCUUCCCCAUACUUGUCGAGUUUGGUCUCAAGGCUGUCACUUUUGUCAAGCCUAAGGGUCCGGGAUGGAUCUGUUCUCACCGCCGAGGUAUCACAGGCAAUCCGAAACAACUGUCCCUUCUUCAAGGAGGUUGUGUGCCAUUACUGCGUCGGAACCGAUGUGGACGAAGAGCUUGCGGGCUUUAUUCGUGGACUGCCCCCGAACAGCCUCGAAUCCUUCACCAUCAUGAGCACCAAUGCUGUCCAUAAUCAGACCUUCCAGGCACUGAGUGGCCACUCUGUAUCUCUCAGGAGCCUCGUGAUCUCCUUGGACCAGCCCGGUCUCGCCGCUCUGCAUCUUCUCAGCGAGUGCAAGAACCUCGAGUCCGUCACCAUCGAGGCUAGCCGACUCGCACAAAUACUCGAUUGGGAGAGAGAGUUGAAACAGGAGUUCCAGGAAGUAGUUUCCUGGUUAUCAGGGUGCCUUUCGCUUACCAACCUCGAACUCCUACUCGUCCCGAGCGCCACGUCCAUUCUCGACCCCAUUUUCAAGGUCCCCCAGAUUCGGCUGACAUCACUUGAUGUCAAGCUCCUGGAUGCCAAUGAUGAAUUCUUCGCGUCGCUUGGCCAGCAGACCGAUCUCGAGUCCCUCGUUGUGCAGACAGUCGAGGGCCUGCUAGAUAUCGGCACCGAACGGCACCAGCAAUUCACGAACUCCAUAUGCAACUGCACCAAGCUCCGAAAGCUGGACCUGAUGAGCGAGCUGCUGACCAUGGAAGACAUCGUGAGAAUCGCGCAAUCCCUGCCCCAGCUGGAAGACUUCAGCUUCGACGGCGAAAUAGGCAACGACUCCCUCCUACCCAUCGCGGGGAUGCACCGCCUAAAGACUUUGAACGUCAACGCGGUCUCGCACUUCACCUUCGAGGGCAUCCUGCGCUUCAUCGCCGACUUGCAGCUCGACCCGCGCGCCAGCCACGACGGCCUCCGCAUCUACAUUAUGAGGCAGUUCGGGGAGCAUAAGAUCUCCAACGAGGAGGAGCGGAUAUUGGCGGACGAGGUGGCGAGGAGCUUCGAGGGGAGAUUCGAGAUCACUUACGAGGCGGAUCCCGACGAGCUGCACGAGUCCGACUUUUCGGACUGAGCAAAUCCCUCGGCAUUUGCAGAGUAAGGAAAAAAGAGAUCUUAAAUCAGUUCCGCCCCAACACCCCUACAUCCCCCGCCGCCGCCCCGCCGACAACCGGCGCAGAGGCGGGCGACCCUGAUGACAACGAUGUUGUCGCGGCAUGGCCCGCAGCGGUCGGGCAGGUCGAAGGGCAGGGCGGAUGCGCGGGCGGCCCCUUCCCAUUCGGCUGGGUCGUAGGUGCGGCGCAGCUGGGCGAGGAGGAGCGGGCACGACUCAUCGCCUGGCAGGGCCCAGAUGGUGGCUGGGGGGUGGUUGCAGAGGGGCAGGGGAAGGAUGUAUUGGCACAUGUUUAUUCUCUCGUCUUUCCGGGGGGUGGUGUGGGCAUGGUGGUUGCGGUUGUGG